AUGACAGACAUUCUAGAUAUAUUAGAUAUAGAACAACCGAGUGCUUCUGAAGUCACUAGGGACAGCAUCAUACAUGGUGAUAAAAAUAAGAAGAAAUAUGUUACUGCUAAAACAGUACGGAGACCUGAAGGAAUGCAUCGUGAAGUAUUUGCCUUACUUUAUAAUGACAAUAAGGAAUUGCCUCCUUUAUUGCCCACCGAUACUGGUAAGGGAUAUAAGCAGAAUAAAGCAAAACUUGGUAUGCGUAAGGCAAGGAAAUGGGUUUGGGCUCCAUUUACAAACCCCGCACGUAAGGAUAAUGCUGUAUUUCAUCAUUGGAAACGUGCUGCUGAUGAGGCCAAAGAAUAUCCAUUUGCCCAAUUUAAUAAGCAAGUUUCAAUCCCAUCAUAUUCUGAAUCGGAAUAUAACCAGUACUUGAAAUCAGAAGAUUGGAGUCAAGCUGAAACAGAUCAUCUGAUGGAUCUGUGUCAGAGAUUUGAUCUUCGUUUUAUAGUGAUUCAUGAUAGAUGGGAUAGAGCUGCUUUCAGAGAUAGGAGCAUCGAAGACUUAAAGGAGCGAUAUUAUAAUAUUUGUGGUAUUCUCAGUAAGGUUAAGACAAAUCCUUGGUCCAACACAGUGACACUAGUUAAUGGUGAGAAAAGAGUAUAUCAUUAUGAUGCUGACCAUGAAAGAAAAAGAAAGGAGCAAUUAAAAAGACUUUUUGAAAGAACUCAAGAACAAAUUGAUGAAGAACAAAUGCUGAUUGCUGAGUUGAAAAAAAUAGAGGCAAGAAAACGGGAAAGAGAAAGAAAGACCCAAGACCUCCAAAAACUUAUUUCCAGAGCAGACAGUGGCAGUAAUACUUUAAAUACAGGAAAUACUAAUGACGUUUCUAAUACACCAACUAAUGCAGCAAACAUGUCAAGAAGGCAUGAUAGAAAAUUGCAUAAGAAAAAGUUAUCUUCACAACAGAGACCAGUUCGUGCUUUGGAGGCAGUGACUGUGGAGUGGUCAGGUAUCAAGUUUCCGGAAGCAAGAGGAACAGGUGUGUGGUUGCGGUCCCAGCGUAUGAAACUGCCUCCUGGAGUAGGCCAGAGGAAAACCAAAGCAAUUGAACAAGAACUACGACUUAUGUCAAUUGACAUAGCUCCAACACCUACUGAAGCUAUUUGUAAACAUUUUAAUGAGUUGCGUUCAGAUUUGGCACUAGCAUUGGAUUUAAAGAAUGCAUUGGCUUCCUGUGAAUUUGAAUUGCAAGCAUUGAGGCACCAAUAUGAAGCGUUGAAUCCUGGCAAGACAUUGACCAUACCGCCUUCAAUAUGCAACACUUCCACAGAUGUAGAAAGCAAGCCCGUGGGUGAAAUUAUCGAUGUAGUUGGGUCUCCGAGUGCAGUAAAUAAUACCAUUUAG